AUGCGUCCCUCCACCCUCAUCAGCGCUGUGGUUGCACUCUUUGCUGUCGUGGCCUUUACUUUCCCUACCGCCAGUAUAUGGGGUCUCAAAAGUCGCGCCAACGCAGGCGAGCCCAUAAUCCCGUCCCAUUCCAUUUACAAUAUUGAUCUCGAUGACGUGGAGCCCCUGGCCCGAGUCUAG